AUGUUAGAGGCACAACAUCAUAAAUUGACAAUUUAUACGGGCAUGUGGGGACAUAUGAAGCCUUGUGUGUUUAUUGCUGCGGACAACUGUAACAAAUCUGGAGAAACAAUAGUAGAAAAUUUAUUGUUCAAAUUAGGGAAAAUUGGUUCUAAACUAAUGGAAAUACUCUCACCCUUUACCAUGAAUUUUUUGUCCAGUUUAGAUCCUGAAAUAUUCUUGAAUCACGAUUUGUUUCCAAUUAGUGCUACCAAUUUCAUGAUCCCAGGAAACAAGCAUAGAAUUUUAAAACCACACAAGGACAAUCAGGAUGUGGGAUUGUGCAUUAUCUUUUAUUUUGGAAAUUACAAUGCUCCAUUGGAAUUUGUAAACAAGGGAAGCGUAUUUAAUACUGAGAGAGGAGAUGUUCUUUUAAUGCGAGGCUCUCAUUUUCGGCAUGUAGUUAAGCCUGUGGAUAAUGGUUUGUUGGAACAUGUACAUGACCCAAUGAGAAUUAGUGUUGUAUUAUUUGCACACAAAAGUUUGAAAAUGAAUCCAUCUUAUUUUCUAAACGCUGGUUCGGCCUUGAAGGCCCAUGAUGAAGACUUUCCUGAGAAAGCCAAGAAAAGAAAGAAAAAGAGAAAAUAA